UCUUGGACGGAAGUGACGAAUUUAGCCAAAAACGUGACGAAAAUACAACAAGGAAGUGAAUAUUUAUCAAAAAGGAAAAUAGGAAACGUUUGAAUUAUCAAGUUAAUUUGUCGAUUUUUGAUGUUUAGGGAAUAUAGUUAUCUUGGACUAUAGUUAUCGUAUCGUGGAUCCACAUUCACUCAAGCAAUGAAUACAGACGUUGAAUUCCACAUUAGGCAGAAUUAUCCGUGGAACAAGCUACCAGCAAAUGUCAAACAGAGUGUUGGGAACUCGCAGCGGGAAUAUGAGAAACAUGUGCAGUUGUAUAGUAUCCGCAACCAGCUAAGGUUCCGCAAUAACCUGGUGAGACACGUGAGGAAGGAUGAGAGGAAGUACUACGAGGAGCUGCUGAAGUACAGCCGAGAUCACCUGAUGCUCUACCCCUACCACCUGUCAGACAUCAUGGUCAAAGGCCUCCGCAUCACCCCCUUCUCCUACUACAUCAGCAUCAUGGAGGACAUCAUGAACGUAGAGAAGAGUUACGACUCGCUGCCCAACUUCACUGCUGCUGACUGUCUAAGGCUGCUGGGCAUCGGGAGGAACCAGUAUAUAGACUUGAUGAACCAGUGCAGGUCCUCCAAGAAAUUCUUCCGUAGGAAAACGGCGCGAGACCUGCUGCCCUCCAAGCCAGUAGAGAUCUCUGUAGAGCCGUGGUGGGUGGCUCAGACCGGAUACAUCACAGAGGAUGACAUCAGGAUCUGCUCGGUGGCAGAGAGGAAGGCUAUUGAUAAGAUGAUAGAUUCAGGACCCCAGCUGGCCGGAUCAAUGGAGUACAAUGUGGUGCUGAGUCUGUACAACAGGGGAUACAUCUACCUGGACGUGCCCAUCUCUGAUGACAGCUGCAUGUCAGUGCCCCCCCUGGAAGGCUUCGUGAUGAACAGGGUCCAGGGAGACUACUUUGAAACCCUGUUGUACAAAAUAUUUGUUUCCAUCGACGAGCAGACUAACGUGUCAGAGCUGGCUAAUGUUCUGGAGAUUGACUUGGGCCUGGUGAAGAAUGCUGUGUCUAUGUACUGUCGCCUGGGUUUUGCCUUGAAGAAAGGAAGCUCUUUCAGCUCAGAGCAGCUCCACCCCACAUGGAAGACUGCCCCCUCUCUCAACAGACUGAAGAGCACAGUGGAUCCCAAACAGAUGCUGCUGUCGUGGGAACAGGGGAGUCCUGUGAUGGAGGCUGGAUCUUCGGCUACAGACACAGACACCACCAGCCUGGAGGACCAAGACAACACCAGUGUGAGCAGCCUGAGUAACCCUGGUCCUGCUGCCCCGCCCACCAAGAGGAUCGCCUUCCUGUUUGACUCCACCCUCACCGCCUUCCUCAUGAUGGGGAACCUCUCUCCAAACCUGAAGAGCCACGCGGUCACUAUGUUUGAGGUGGGGAAGCUGUCGGACGAGACCCUGGACAGCUUUCUGAUGGAGCUGGAGAAAGUAGAGAGCACAGCAGAGGGUGAGGCCCAGAGGUAUUUUGACCACGCUCUGACCCUCAGGAACACCAUCCUGUUUCUCCGCUACAACAAGGAACUGACCACCGACCAGGGCCCUGACCUGCCUAACAACGGCCUGCCCCUGGACAUGCUCCGCUGUGAGAGUCUGCUGGGUCUAGACCAGGCCACCUGCAGCCGUGUCCUCAACAAGAACUACAAACUACUGGUCUCCAUGGCACCGCUCAGCAACGAGAUACGACCUAUCAGCAGCUGCACGCCUCAGCACAUUGGGCCAGCCAUCCCUGAGGUGAGCUCCAUCUGGUUCAAGCUCUACCUGUACCAUGUGACCUGCCAGGGUCCUCCCUCCCUGCUGCUGUCCAAGGGCUCCAGGCUCCGGAAACUACCGGACACCUUCCAGGUCUAUGACAGGUUGCUGAUCACUUCCUGGGGUCACGACCCAGGUGUGGUACCUUCGUCUAACGUGCUGGCCAUGCUCAAUGACGCCCUCACACACUCCGCUGUACUCAUACAGGGCCAUGGACUGCAGGGUCAUGGAGAGACAGUUCACGUCCCCUUCCCGUUUGACCAGGAGGAUCUCAAAGGAGAGUUCUCCUCCUCCAACAUGUGUGUCCACAAGGCCCUGCUGCUGCUGAGGGAGAAGGUGGAUUUGGAGCACCAGUGUGGUUACAUCACCAUGCUCAACCCCAACACCAGGCACCGCAGGAGGGCCAGCGAGAGCUCCGACGGCAGGGGAGACGGUCGUCUGGGAGGUGGGCUGGAGGUUAACAGCAGUACGGAGUCCUUUGAGCUGGUCACAGAGGACAACAAUGGAGGAAAGCAAGCCGCAGAAGUUCCGUUGACAGAAGACGAGUGGGUCCCUCUAGAGCUGUGCUAUGGGAUGCCCCUCUUCAGCUCCGAGCUCAACCGCAAAAUAUGCCGAAAGAUCGCCUCUCACGGCCUCUGUAGCAAAGACAGCCUUCAAGACUUACUUCAUUCCAGCCGAAAACUAUCAGUGAAUGUUCUGAGUUUUGUUCAGUCAUUCCAGGAUGGCAGCCAGGGUCAGCCCGACCCUGACAGUGGAGUGUCCGGUCCUCUCAGCCAGCCCCCGGCCGAGUCUGGUGUUCCGCUGCCCGCUCUCAACCUCAUCUUCAAGGACGGACAGCUGAGGGAGUGGAGUGGACGAGCUCCUCCACCCCUCCACAUCUCAGCCCUGCAGAAAGACCAGUCCUUAUAGACCCCUCCACAUCUCAGCCCUGCAGAAAGACCUUAUAGACCCCUCCACAUCUCAGCCCUGCAGAAAGACCUUAUAGACCCCUCCACAUCUCAGCCCUGUAGAAAGACCUUAUAGACCCCUCCACAUCUCAGCCCUGCAGAAAGACCUUAUAGACCCCUCCACAUCUCAGCCCUGCAGAAAGACCAGUCCUUAUAGACCCCUCACAUCUCAGCCCUGCAGAAAGACCAGUCCUUAUAGACCCCUCCACAUCUCAGCCCUGCAGAAAGACCAGACCUUAUAGACCCCUCCACAUCUCAGCCCUGCAGAAAGACCAGACCUUAUAGACCCCUCCACAUCUCAGCCCUGCAGAAAGACCUUAUAGACCCUCCACAUCUCAGCCCUGCAGAAAGACCUUAUAGACCCCUCCACAUCUCAGCCCUGCAGACAGACCUUAUAGACCCCUCCACAUCUCAGCCCUGCAGAAAGACCUUAUAGACCCCUCCACAUCUCAGCCCUGCAGAAAGACCUUAUAGACCCCUCCACAUCUCAGCCCUGCAGAAAGACCUUAUAGACCCCUCCACAUCUCAGCCCUGCAGAAAGACCAGACCUUAUAGACCCCUCCACAUCUCAGCCCUGCAGAAAGACCUUAUAGACCCCUCCACAUCUCAGCCCUGCAGAAAGACCAGACCUUAUAGACCCCUCCACAUCUCAGCCCUGCAGAAAGACCAGUCCUUAUAGACCCCUCCACAUCUCAGCCCUGCAGAAAGACCUUAUAGACCCCUCCACAUCUCAGCCCUGCAGAAAGACCUUAUAGACCCCUCCACAUCUCAGCCCUGCAGAAAGACCUUAUAGACCCCUCCACAUCUCAGCCCUGCAGAAAGACCUUAUAGACCCCUCCACAUCUCAGCCCUGCAGAAAGACCAGUCCUUAUAGACCCCUCCACAUCUCAGCCCUGCAGAAAGACCUUAUAGACCCCUCCACAUCUCAGCCCUGCAGAAAGACCAGUCCUUAUAGACCCCUCCACAUCUCAGCCCUGCAGAAAGACCAGUCCUUAUAGACCCCUCCACAUCUCAGCCCUGCAGAAAGACCUUAUAGACCCCUCCACAUCUCAGCCCUGCAGAAAGUCCUUAUAGACCCCUCCACAUCUCAGCCCUGCAGAAAGACCAGUCCUUAUAGAACCCUCCACAUCUCAGCCCUGCAGAAAGACCAGUCCUUAUAGACCCCUCCACAUCUCAGCCCUGCAGAAAGACCUUAUAGACCCCUCCACAUCUCAGCCCUGCAGAAAGUCCUUAUAGACCCCUCCACAUCUCAGCCCUGCAGAAAGACCUUAUAGACCCCUCCACAUCUCAGCCCUGCAGAAAGACCUUAUAGACCCCUCCACAUCUCAGCCCUGCAGAAAGACCUUAUAGACCCCUCCACAUCUCAGCCCUGCAGAAAGACCUUAUAGACCCCUCCACAUCUCAGCCCUGCAGAAAGACCAGUCCUUAUAGACCCCUCCACAUCUCAGCCCUGCAGAAAGACCUUAUAGACCCCUCCACAUCUCAGCCCUGCAGAAAGACCAGUCCUUAUAGACCCCUCCACAUCUCAGCCCUGCAGAAAGACCAGUCCUUAUAGACCCCUCCACAUCUCAGCCCUGCAGAAAGACCUUAUAGACCCCUCCACAUCUCAGCCCUGCAGAAAGACCUUAUAGACCCCUCCACAUCUCAGCCCUGCAGAAAGACCAGUCCUUAUAGAACCCUCCACAUCUCAGCCCUGCAGAAAGACCAGUCCUUAUAGACCCCUCCACAUCUCAGCCCUGCAGAAAGACCUUAUAGACCCCUCCACAUCUCAGCCCUGCAGAAAGUCCUUAUAGACCCCUCCACAUCUCAGCCCUGCAGAAAGACCUUAUAGACCCCUCCACAUCUCAGCCCUGCAGAAAGACCUUAUAGACCCCUCCACAUCUCAGCCCUGCAGAAAGACCUUAUAGACCCCUCCACAUCUCAGCCCUGCAGAAAGACCAGUCCUUAUAGACCCCUCACAUCUCAGCCCUGCAG